AUGGUAUUGGAACACACGGCCCCGUAUACGCCACAACAAAAUCCCACCGAGAGGGCAAACAGGACCAUAAAGACGAUGAUAGCACAAUACCUUGAUGGCGACCAACGAACAUGGGACGACCUACUCCCAGAAUUGAGUUUAGCCAUAAAUAGCAGCACUUCCGACACCACAGGCUUCAGUCCAGCAUUCCUCGUGCUAGGACGGGAACCGCGACUACCAGGAUCACUUUACGACGAAGUAACUCCAGGAAUGGGAGAAGAAGCAGAACCCGCACAUGACAAGGCAACGCGACUGCAAGAAAUCUUCAAGGUGGUACAGGAGAACACCCAGCGGGCAUCUCAAGAACAGAAGAAGACCUACGGCUUGCGGAGACGAGAAUGGCGACCUACACUUGGGACGCUGGUACUCCUUCGCCAGCACCACCUGUCCAAAGCAUCGGAUAGCUUCGCAGCGAAACUAGCACCUAAAUACGACGGACCGUACAAGGUCGUCAAAUUCUUAGCUUCCAAUAUAGUGCGGCUACAAACACUCGAGGGACGACAAAGGAAGACUGCAAGCUUGAUGGAUCUCAAAGAAUUCCACGGGACCGGAGACGAUGAACCAACUGAGACAACACCGAAGACACCAGCAUGA